GAAGAGGAACAACGCGAGAAAGAACUGCUGGAUGCGCAGAAACGAGCAGCUGAUAAACGUGAACGCGAAAGGCAAGAAGAUGAAAAGCGUGAGCGUGAGCUGCAAGAAGAAGAGCGUCGAGAAGCGGAGAAGCGGGAGCGUGAAAGGCGUGAAGCAAUGCGCAGAGAGCGGGAACGUCUGAGAGAGGAAGAGAUGGAGCGUCAAAAGUUGGCCGCCAUUGAAAAUGCUGUGCAAGAGAGGCGUGCCGCGCGUUUAGCGGAGUUGCGUCGCGAUGAACAGAGACAAGCACUGGAACGUGAAGCGAAUAAGUUGAAAGAACAUGAACGCCAGGAAGCCGAAAAAAGGGAAUUUGAA